AUGUUGAUCGCAUCGAUCUUGAAGGUCUUCUACUGGUUUGGCGACUACUACUCGCUUGCACUGUUGGUGCAAGCCAUCAUCAUGAUCGGGGUGCAGAUGGUAUUGCUGAAAGUCGCACUGGAUAACCGGCCAUCCCCGGGCGCGAGGGAUGGGGUCGAGCAUGUACCUUUCAGCAGCGAAAAUAGUGACGGGUUCUCGAGGCCGUACGGUUUCUGGCAGUGGAAAAGUGCAAAGCCAUACUGGUUGUUUUUGGCGUAUUUCCUUGGGGCAUUAUCCUUUAUCCAGUUAUUUCUGGCCCCCAUCUCCCGGUCGGAGUUGUACAUCAGCUCGCUUGGAUAUACUGGCCUGGCCGUGGAGGCCACACUGCCCUUGCCGCAAAUUGUGGCGAACCAUCGGGCGCGAGCCUGCAAAGGAUUCCGGCUUUCGGUGCUUGCGGCGUGGAUUCUCGGAGACAUGAUGAAGCUGGGCUAUUUCUUCUUUAGCCAGGAGGUGAUUCCGUGGGCGUUCCGCCUGUGCGCCAUGUUCCAGUGCGUGUGUGACUGCUACCUCGGGGUGCAAUUUUGGAUGUAUGCCCGAUCCUCCUUCCAGACUGCAGGCAGCUCGAUGGAGCUCGGAGAGAAGGAUCUCCGGAUGACUUGA